AUGAAGAUUCUAGUUACUGGGACGCCUGGAGUAGGAAAGACAACUUUUUCGUUGGACAUAUCGAAAAGAUUUGGGAUUCCCCAUGUCGAGAUGAGCCGGUACAUCGAGGAAAACAACCUAUAUGAGGAGUACAGCGAGACAUACAAAUCGCUUCUCUUCGAUGAUGAAGUGGUGAGAAAAUCUCUAGAAGGAUAUCUCCUUGGCAAGGAGUCAUACAUCAUAGACACCCACAGUUGUGGGAUGGCAGCCAAUAUAGCCUUUGAUUUAGUCUUUCUGAUGAAGGCUCCUGUUGAAGUUCUUUACAAGAGACUUAAGGAGAGAGGAUACGACGAAGACAAGAUCAAGGAGAAUAUUGAAUGCGAGAUCUUCGGAGUUGUUGAAGAGGAGGUUGAGGGCCUCUUUGGAGAUAAUUACCAUACCAUUGGAGAAGAGGAAGGAGGAUUGACUUCAGAGGAAGCAAUGUGCAUUAUCAGUAAAAAGAUAGGCCCGGAAUCUUCUGUAGACAUCCCAUAG